AUGUCCACUGCAACCCAGCAAUCCAUGGCGCGACUGCGCACGAAGAUGAUCCGCGCCGCGAAAACAUUUCCCGACUACAACUUUCGUAAUUAUUUUGUGCGCCACGUGAAGGACCAGUUCGCGGAGAUGGAGCGGUGGACUGUGGAGGAGCAGCGGCGCUUCCUUGCGCAGGAGGGCGCGGAAAAAUUGUAUGAAAUGCGGCGUAUGGCGCUUGUCAAUCGACUGUUUGCCACAACUCCGGUGUUUCUCGAAAAGCGUGCAUCCUCACACGUUACUGGUGUCGAACAGCAGACAAACGAGAAGUAA